AUGUUUUAGAGCAUCAUUGAUACCUUAACUUUCGAUCAGAUUAUUGAUCAAUUCCUCUAACCUCAAUCAAAAAUUUAAGAUAGCAGCUAAUGUUAUGAUGAAAUGCCACUUGAAAAUUACUUGAAUGAGUAGUAUGGAUUCUCAGUUUUACAAUGCAACACUAAACAGCUCGAUGAUGAUGAUCUUCCGUUAAAUGGAGAUUUUCCGCAACAAAUUCCAAAUUUCCUGAAUAUUUAAGAAGAUUAAUAGCUAACAAGUUCUAUUAAUACUCAGGAGAAUUCCCCCUAUAAUCUGGAAUUCUUUUUGAAGUCUAGUAAUUCUUUGAUUCUAGAUGCUUAUGAUAAAAAUAUUUUAUCUCAAAAUGACGAUGACUUAACCCUAAACAGUAUACCGAAAUUUGCUAAUAAGAGCGUUAAUUUGAAGGAACCAUAAAAACUUCAAGCAACUACAAACUAACAUGAAGAUUCGAACGAUCACCUGGAAUCCUUAGAUUUAAACGUAGCAAUUAAAAGAUACAGCAAAAAAUAUGACAUUAAGAUAUCACAUAUAAAUACUAUUCCUCUGAUCAACCAAAUCAAGAAAAAAUGCUUUCUUAGAUUAGAUUGUCAAGAAUCCCUUGAACUACUAAAAGUUUAAAAACGGAUUCACUUAAAAUCAGUAAAAAGAAAGGAUGUUGUAUUAAAAACAACAAUAAGAGAGAUAAGAAGAACAUACUUGCAGUAAUUCAAGCAAGAUAGCAAAUUCUCAAGCGUGAGCAGGUAUCGACAUUAAAAAUAUUAUCUGUUCGCUAUAUAAAAGUUUGUCACCAAACUAUUUUAAGGCUCACUAGAAUUUGAAGCAAAGUAAAAUGAUGACUCAGCCUCAAAACAAAAUUAAUUAUUCAAUGAGCUAGUAUUUUUUCUUGGCUCAGUGUUUUAUCCGAAUAAAAUGAUGAGAUUAAUUGAUGAUGAGGGUGGGAAAAAAAUAGUCAAAUUGAUUGAUACUUCUCUACAUCAGUUUACCUUUCAAAGAUUAUGCUUUUUGGGUUAAUGGGAUGCUUUUAAGCAUGUCCUUCAACAUUAUAUUGAUAAUUUCAACCACAAAUCACAUUUAUAGAAUAAGCAUAUUGCUUCCUCAAUCGAAAACUUCGAGAAAAGCAUUAAUUUCCUAAAAGGCAUGAUUUUAUAAUGA